AUGGGUGCUAUACUGAGUUGCUGUAAGGGACAUACUGAUGAAGAGGACCCAUUGUUAAGAAACCCGCAGGAUAGAUAUGGUGGUACUAUGAACGGCGAUGAUCCACAAAUGACUGAUGGGUAUAGUGAAGCCCUCCGAUUGAAACAAGAAGAGAAGAAAGCCGCUAGAGAUAAGGAAUUGAAACAGAUUGUUACAGAUACUAAUGAUAAACUGAUCGAUAUCUCUAUGAUCAACAAUAGUGGUAUUGUUUUAGAAAGUAACGAUUCAGACUGGUUCAAAAAGGCAGUGAUAGCUGAUGAAGGAGAGGCGACAGACAACCAAUUGCAACAAUCUACUACAGAACAGGCUACCACAGAUACAAUUUUAAGUCAAGAGAUCGGUUCCACGUAUAAAGCGCUGGAUCCAGAAGAACAUCUUACCGCGGCUGAUAAACAGAGAUUGCAGACCACGCUGAGAGCUGUGAUUAAGGAGAUUGAGGAUCAAGUACAUAUAGACGUUCCAGGAGAACUCACAGUGACCAUAUAA